GAAACGUGCGGGGGGCGGGGCUAAACAAACGCCGGUGAACUCCCUGGGCUUUUGUGUAGCUGUGGUAGAUGUCUUCAAUCAUAAGCGACGAGAGCAGACGACGCUGACCCUUCAAAAUCUUCCUGUCAGUAUUAAAGAUGUUUGCGAAAGCCACUAAGAACCUGCUCUCUGAGAUCGACACUGAUGGUUCCCUGAUCCCAGUGUCCCGUUUGAAUGACUCGGAUGGUCUGGCUCCUCUGGCUGUGGUCAUCAAGCGUAACCGCUACUGGUUCUGGCAGUGGCCCAAGUAUCUGCCGGCAGACUUCAUGCUAAAUGAUGUUCUUGUUGGAGAUCCCAUAGAACCAGCUGUGGCUGAAACCGACUUUUUGACCUAUAAUGGCAAGGUUGUGGAUAACAGAAGUGGAAGUGCAGCAGCGGAUCUUGGGGUGGGGACCAUUAAUGUUGGGGGUGCCGGCUCCAGCAAACUCCAGACAUCGUUUGGAAACCUACAGAAACAGGAGGUUGAUAUCCAGAAGCUCCUAAAGGCUUCCAAAUCUAGAGUUCUGGACCUGAACCACUCGCUGAUCGAGCAGACACGGGAGACGAAGAGGGAGGUGCUGACGCUAGUGAAGGAGCGAAUCAUCACCACUCAGUCCUGCACCAUCACUGAGGAAGUUCAGGGAGGUGGUACCUGCGCUGGAAUAUUCGGGUUCAAUAAGACAAUAAAGGUGUCAGUCAACAAUAAAGAGAAGCCUUUUGUCGAGUCUGACACUAAUGUGUCUAUCAACAUCCCCCCCAAAACCACCCUCGCUUACAGCGUGAUUGAACUAGACGUUUCUAACACUGGACACUACGAACUGUGCCUGCUGCCGAAUGUCAAGGGCGGUUUUGAAGUUGACGGGAUAGUAAAGCUGAAGGAAGCAAAUACACUCAGUGCUGCACCAAGACAAACAACCAGCAAACUGCAGAAAGAUCUUGAAGCACUCCAGGGGCAGUUUACAGUUCUCUCAAAACUCCCAUCCAGCACACGCUCCUCAUUAUUCCAGAAGAUCUCUCAGCUCCUGCAGAACAGCAUAGCCAUCAACGUGCUGGAGGACGCACUGGAAGACCUGUGUGGUGGGACGCAGCCUGAUCAAACUAAAUUAGACAAGAUGCCUGCACUGAAGUCCACGAUUGAGGUUGUACAGAAAGCUGCUGGUAAAGACUGCUCUGGAAAGCAGGUGAAACCCAGCCCUCUGACUGCCAUGCACCUGCUCAUAAGCUCCUUAGAUGAAAUGACUGACUCGGCCCUGUCUGACCUCAAAUCCUGCUGCACUUACCCAAUCCUGCAAGCUCUGCUUCAUCUUGUGCAAAAUAUGACGUUAAAUAAGAAGUCCCUUCUGAAAGAUACCACCGUGUUAACCAACGAAAAGGUUUUCAAGAAGACCACGUCACUCUUUGCUUCCUGUAACGUGAUACUGAUUAAAGAGAAGGAUUCACUCGUUACGAAAAUCAACAGCUCUGACGAUAACCUUCCCCUCAUGCUGUGCGUUGCCGUUAAAUGCUUGGCAUCUCUAGCGCCGCCUGCCUGACUGGAGGACAACAGCAAAGCCAAAAUAUCUGCUGUAAAUUGAGGACCAAAGUGGACAGUCUAAACACUGGGACAAAAAAAAAGGACCCUUAAGUAGCCUUUCAAAUAUUUUAAGGAUGAAAUCAUAUUAAAAAUGGUAAUAAUUUAGAAAUUGUCUUUAAAUUCAUUUCAUAUGCUGCUUUAAGUGGAAAUAUAAAAUUUAUAUAAAUUGUUGCAUUUCUUUUGUCUGGUUCUGUUGUUCACUGAAAAACAGUCAGAUCAUAUGCACACCAGAAUAUAAUGUUAAAAGUACAGUGAUUCAAAAUGAAGAUUAAUUUAUUAGACAGCUGUUUAAUUUCAGAAAAUACAACUCUCUGUAUUGCAAAAUAUAGGAUUUUCAAGUGAAUACGUAAGCUGGAUAAAAAUCUGAGUUACACAGCCUUUAAAAAGACACUGGAGCAAGUCAGAGACAGAGGUGCAUCACUACACAACCAAGACAAGUUAUGAAUCCGUGAGCCCAGGUACCUUGUGAUCAUGACACACUUGGUCUAAAUUCUAUAUUUGAAGGUGAUUUUGUAUGUACGUAAAAGACACUGAGCUAAAUACGGUGCUGAUUCUGUAUACUAGGACAUACAAGCAACACAAUGACUUGAGCUCAUAUUUCUGCAUUGAUAAAAUUAAAACUGUGAUAUUGAAUUGGUUGCACUUUAUUUUAUAGUACAUGCACUUACAUGUACUGUGUA